CUCCAGCCUGGUACAUAACACUUCGCGCACACAAACACAAAUGCUGUGCAAACCCACUGUCUCCUUCCUUCCUAACACCCCUUCUCAGCAUUUCUAUCCCCGCCUCCCUCCGUUAUCCAAAAUUUCCAGCCGACUGCUAGAGCUGACUUCCGCAAUCUUGGUGGAAUAAAUCUAGCGCCCCUAGUCAUCCACCCACAUUAGGCACACUUCCUGGCUGAAAGGAACCUACACAGCCAUCAGCAGGAUGUGGGGACUCAGGGUUCUGCUGCUACCCGUGGUGAGUUUUGCUCUGCACCCUGAGGAGAUACUGGACACCCAGUGGGAGCUAUGGAAGAAGACCUACAGCAAGCAGUAUAACAGCAAGGUGGAUGAAAUCUCUCGGCGUUUAAUUUGGGAAAAAAACCUGAAGCAUAUUUCUAUCCAUAACCUUGAAGCCUCUCUUGGUGUCCAUACAUAUGAACUGGCCAUGAACCACCUGGGGGACAUGACCAGUGAGGAGGUGGUUCAGAAGAUGACUGGCCUCAAAGUACCCCCUUCUCGUUCCCACAGUAAUGACACACUUUAUAUCCCUGACUGGGAGGGCAGAGCCCCAGACUCCAUCGACUAUCGAAAGAAGGGAUACGUUACUCCUGUCAAAAACCAGGGUCAGUGUGGUUCCUGUUGGGCUUUCAGCUCUGUGGGUGCCCUGGAGGGCCAGCUCAAGAAGAAGACUGGCAAACUCUUAAAUCUGAGUCCCCAGAACCUGGUGGAUUGUGUGUCUGAGAAUGAUGGCUGUGGAGGGGGCUACAUGACCAAUGCCUUCCAAUAUGUGCAGAGGAACCGGGGCAUUGACUCUGAAGACGCCUACCCCUACGUGGGACAGGAUGAAAGUUGUAUGUACAAUCCAACAGGCAAGGCAGCCAAAUGCAGAGGGUACAGAGAGAUCCCUGAGGGGAAUGAGAAAGCCCUGAAGAGGGCAGUGGCCCGAGUGGGACCCGUCUCUGUGGCCAUUGACGCAAGCCUGACCUCCUUCCAGUUUUACAGUAAAGGUGUAUAUUAUGAUGAAAACUGCAGUAGUGACAAUGUGAACCAUGCGGUUUUGGCCGUGGGCUAUGGAAUCCAGAAGGGAAAUAAGCACUGGAUAAUUAAGAACAGCUGGGGAGAAAGCUGGGGAAACAAAGGCUAUAUCCUCAUGGCUCGGAAUAAGAACAACGCCUGUGGCAUUGCCAACCUGGCCAGUUUCCCUAAGAUGUGAAUCCAGCCAGCUAAAGCCAUCCUGCUCUUCCCGUCUUCUACAAUGAUUCAGUGGAAUGAUACUCGUUGGUAGGGAGUUGGUGUGCCAUUCUUGAAGUAAAUGGGGUGUUCCUGAUUGCUUGGUUUCCCCAUUUGUUUGUACUUAAAGGCCUUUUUCUUUGUGGCCACAGCAAGAAUUCCCCUGACAAAGUGUGUACUCUUAGGUUUAAGAGAGAUGACCACGGCCUGACCUGACUAUGUUAUCCUGAGACUGAUAUGCAAAUAGAGGCCAGAGAUCUUCAAGUAGGCUAGAUUGUCAUUGACUGGGACUAGGUAGCCUUAACCACCCUAGAGGACUAACGUGACCUAACUUCUGAGGUUUCAAGUUUCCUUGCUUUUAAUCUUUAACGUGGAAAUCUCUGUGUUUUCCACUCUGAUUCACAAGUUUAUUCAUAAAUCUUUAGUACAAGUUUACAAGAUACAAGAAAUAUGUAUUCUUUCUUCUUUGUUGCAUUUUUGAAAUAAAGUAUUUAUCUCUUGUCUACAACUUAAUAAGCAUGUAGUACAUGUUCAUUCUAUGUUGGAUACUGUGCUAGGUGCUAGAGACAACAAGAUGAAUAAAAUGUUCUCUGGAGAGACGUA